GGGAAAACUCCAUUUCCAAGUCCUAACAAUUUUGCAUCAGAAUGACUAAUCCUAGCCUUAAGCCCAACUCCAACCCUAACCCCAACCCCCUUUCCAAAUUCCUAAAUCUAUGCAGUUGAUGGGGUGGCUACUAGCGACAUUGACGGCGUGGACCUACAUUCCUCUCUGCUUGCCUUGUUCCUUCUUCUGCGUUAGUACUCAUCUCUGCUCGUGGGAGCUGUGCUUGCGUUCUUCUCUUGUCGGAGUCUUCUACUCACAUGCUUAGUCUUUCCGCCUCUGAAGUCUGAAGCCUUGUCCCCCUGGGUGCUCCCGUGCUUGUUUGUCAACUCUCAUGGUUGCCAAAGAACAUCGCGAGUCAGUUCAGAUAGUUGAAUCUUGAUAGACGGUGUUGAAGCAAGGCUAAGAUUGCUGUGAAGCUAAAAUAUUGAGGUGACAAAAGAAAAGACGGGAGAUAAAAAUGUUGCACUCCAACAAUUAAUGUUGCCACUUGGAGAGGUGAGUUUUCAAAAGAGUUGUAAUGAAAUCUAUUUCUAUUGUCUUAUUAGAUGUUGUUAUGAAAUAUAUUUCUAUUUCUAUAGUUUCUAUUUGGUGUAUCUCCUGAUGCUCUCAUUUGUGUUUGAAAGAAAUGACUUCUUUUAGUGAUUCCCUUACGAGGUUUGUUCGAACCAUUGUUGCUGAGGAGAUACGUUCUUUAUCCUCCACAAUAAGCAACCAAAGAAAAAAGAUUGAUGCAAUCUUGUCCAUUGUUUCAUCUGGACCCAGAUUUGUUGCUCAUCAUGUUGAUGAUGUUAGUGCUGAUGAGAAUAUUACCAUGAGUGGGCCACCUCCAUCAGUGAUAGCUCAUACAACCGCAACAAAGGCUCCAUUGCGUCGAAAAUCAUCAAGGUGUCCUUUGGCUCAAAAGCUCGAACCAGAUUUCAAACCAUCCGGUCCGUUGAGUGAUCAUGAAAUCAGCAAAAACGCUGGCUUGAAACGGCGUAAGAGUACCACUAAAUGCAGAGGUCAGAAAGCAACAUCAUCGAUUAAGAAGAAAAUCCCCACACGUGGAGACUUUAAACUAUAGCGAGGACGUCCAUGGCUAUAUGAAUCCCAUGAUUUGGUGAACAUGUAUGGUGAUGAGAUGCCUACGUGCUUGGAGGUGGCAUUUAGGCCAACAUCGGAAAUGGUUUUCAUGGGGAUUGAGUUGGCUAUUUUUUUCUAUAUCUUUGGAACUGAUUAUGACCCCAAAGAGAUUCUUGUGCCUAACGAACAUUGUUGUGGAAGCCAGGAAGCAUUGAUGACCCUUUGUUCGAAAAAUUGGGUUGGAGAUAACAUUUUGAAUUUGGUGGCAUCAAUGCUUAUGAAACAUGCAGCAGUUACAGUGAAAGGCAACAAAUGGUUCCUCCCAACCACUUUUGCUCAAAUAGCACUCCAACAACGACAUAUUUCUGUUGGGACAAUGGAAUACAUCAAAACAAACUUUAUGGGCAAGGUUGAAGACCUCUCUAAGAUAUACAUACCUAAUAAUGUUAAAGAUCAUUGGUUCCUAGUAGUUGUGGAAAAAAGUAGAGGGUUGAUUACAUAUCUAGACUCUCUAAAGUGCUCAAAACAAAGGCUCGAGAGGAUGAAGGCAAUAUAUGAUGUGAUUUCUUUCUUAGAGAAUCUACUAUUGGACGAUUGGUUUUACCAAUCAGAUACUACUGAAAGGUCAAUGGUUUCAAAGUUCAAAUUUCAAGAACCAGAGGUGCCCCAACAAGAUGCUCAAUCCAAUGACUGUGGUGUGUGGGUUGCAUAAUGGCAGACACUCUGUCAUCUAUGGUGGCGUGGUGCCAUACCGGUGGUCAACGAAUACAGCAGAGUAAGGAUGGCCAUAGACUUGGUGUAUGGACCUCACAAUCCAAGGAGAGAAGACAUUCAAAGACUUGCUAUUAAAAAUUGGAAUAAGAAGAUGCCAAAGAAUGUUACUCAGUCUUAGGAUGUAAUCUUUCAAAGUCCAUGUUAAAAACUCUAUAAUUUCUAAAAUUUUGGAAAUGUAAUUAUCCUUAUUGCCUUGUGUUUUGUCACUGCUAACCCCUAUAAUGGAAAAAUUUUUAUGCCCAGAAGUGAUGAU